UACCAGGGACAGGCUAGCAAGAUGGGGUGUAAUAAAUGAAACACUAUGUCCUAUGUGCAAAGUGGAAGAGGAAAGUAUGGAGCACCUGUUCUUCAAGUGUUCAUUUACAGCAGGAAUAUGGAGCAAGAUACUACAGUGGAUGGGAAUCGCCAGACAACCGAUGGGAUGGAGUCAAGAAGUAGACCGGGCAUGCAGCAAUGCUAAGAGCACGUCAACAAACUCUGAAAUUUAUAGAAUAGCACUAGCAAGCUGUGUAUAUCAGGUGUGGCAGGAGAGGAACUACAGAAUUUUCCAAGCUAAACAAAAGCCAGAGGGACUACUGAUCAAGCAAGCUAUACAAAUGAUAAGUGGAAGGGGAAUAGUGAAUAGAUAAUCAGUAAGAAGAAUAGGAGUUACAUUGAGGAAUAUUAAGUCUGGGAGAAUGUCCAGACUUAGUUUGCUUUGUUUUGAGCUUGAAAUUUCUUACUUUGGUAAUAAAAUAUGAUAAUUACCAAAAAAAUAAAAUAAUUACUAGUAUAAAGGAAAGUGUUACAAUAUAUUUUAUUGUUACUUGAU